AUGGUGAGAUUGAAAGCAAUUUUUUAUUUCAGGUAAUUUGAGUCUUUGUAAACAAACAAUGUAUUGCUUCAAAAUAUGUUUGAUCUAAUGCAGCCUUUUUCAAACGGGGACCCCCAGCCAUUCAAUUCCAGAGCUAGCACACCCGAUUCAACUUGUCUACUUGACUAGGAGAAUUAGUAAAUUUUUUAUUGACUAGGUGAAUUGUCUACUUGACUAGGUGAAUUAGUAAAUUUUUUAUUGACUAGGUGAAUUGUCUACUUGACUAGGUGAAUUAGUAAAUUUUUUAUUGACUAGGUGAAUUGUCUACUUGACUAGGAGAAUUAGUAAAUUUUUUAUUGACUAGGUGAAUUGUCUACUUGACUAGGUGAAUUAGUAAAUGUUUUAUUGACUAGGUGAAUUGUCUACUUGACUAGGUGAAUUAGUAAAUUUUUUAUUGACUAGGUGAAUUGUCUACUUGACUAGGUGAAUUAGUAAAUGUUUUAUUGACUAGGUGAAUUGUCUACUUGACUAGGUGAAUUAGUAAAUGUUUUAUUGACUAGGUGAAUUGUCUACUUGACUAGGUGAAUUAGUAAAUUUUUUAUUGACUAGGUGAAUUGUCUACUUGACUAGGUGAAUUAGUAAAUGUUUUAUUGACUAGGUGAAUUGUCUACUUGACUAGGUGAAUUAGUAAAUUUUUUAUUGACUAGGUGAAUUGUCUACUUGACUAGGUGAAUUAGUAAAUUUUUUAUUGACUAGGUGAAUUGUCUACUUGACUAGGUGAAUUAGUCAUGUUGUGAAUUGACUAGGUGAAUUGUCUACUUGACUAGGUGAAUUAGUCAAGUUGUGAAUUGACUAGGUGAAUUGUCUACUUGACUAACUAGGUGUGCUAGUUCAGGACAAAAUUGUGAAAUGUCUGGGGGCCAAGAGGAGAGGUUUGAAAAGCACUGCUCUAAUAUAUAGACUGUGAGUCCUUGCAUCCAUAGCUGUGUAACACAUUUGGGUUGUGCUUCUCCAGACCAAAUACACACACAUGUCCCUCUGUCUCCGUCCCCCCCCCCCCUCCUGCAGGGAAAGCUGGUGAAGUACUUCAGUCGCCAGCUGUCCUGUAAGGUGAGAGCGGCCUUACAGGAGGACAGCACAGAGCUACAGGACUUCCCCCGGCUGGGACACUGGUUCCGUAUCGUCAACCUGAGGAAGGAGGUCACUGAGGUACUUUGAUUUACAUCUACGUAUCACAAUCACUGUAAGUAAAACCUUCUUACAAAUAGCCAAUGAUCUGCAAAAUUAGUGCUAGUAAAAGUAAAGGGGAAACAAUACAUUUACAAUUUAGUCAUUUAGCAGCACCACGGUUGGGGUCAAUUCUAUUUAAAUUCCAGUCAAUUCAGAAAGUAAACCAAAUUCCAACUCCCAAUUCUACAUUUUCCUAAUUUAAAAGCUUUGAAGAGAAUUGGAAUUGGAAGUUUUGUGUACUUCCUGUUUACAAGAGCGAUCAGGAUGUUGGAUCAGACUAACACCUCAUCAUAAACAAACAUUGCUUUCAAUUUCUAUAAGCCCAACAUAGUCUUCUUCCUUUGCCCAAAAACACAUCACUUCCUGAACCUUCUCGAGUGCUACCUUAUCUCUCUAACAUGCAUUGUUGUUGCUAGCACUGACUCUGCUCAUAGCUACUUUAUUGAUGAAAAGUUUUACUUGCUACAACUCUGAUAUGUGGUUGUCUAGCUGCGUUAAGAUGAAUGCAUUAACUUCAAGUCGCUACGGAUAAGAGCGUCUGCUAAAUGACUAACAUGUAAAUGACCCCAACCCUGUUUAGACGCUCUUAUCCAGAGCCACUUACAGUUAGUGCAUUCGUCUUAAGGUAGCUAUGUGAGACAACAACACAUCACAGUCAGUCAUAGUAAGGAACAACAAAAAACGAAAUGAUCAGAAAAGUCAGUGCUAGUAAGAAAAUAACUCUGUGUUGCUGCACGUUUCGUUCUUCCUGUCCAUGUCAUCUUUUAUUUUAUAUGCUGAACACAAAUAUAAGCACAACUAUUUCAAAAUUUUUACUGAGUUACAGGUCAUAUGAGGAAAUCAGUCAAUUGAAAUAAAUUAAUUAGGCCCUAAUCUAUGGAUUUCACAUGACUGGGAAUACAGAUAUGCAUCUGUUGGUCACAGAUACCUUUUAAAAAAUGGGCCUCACAAUGGGCCUCAGGAUCUCGUCACGGUAUUUUUGUGCAUUCAUAUUGCUAUCAAUAAAAUGUAAUUGUGUUCGUUGUCCGUAGCUGAUGCCGGCCCAUACCAUAACUCCACCGCCACCAUGGGGCUCUCUGUUCACAACAUUGACAUCAGAAAACUGCUCAUCCACACGACGCCAUACACAUUGUCUGCGGUUGUGAGGCCGGUUGGAUGUACUGCCAAAUUCUCUAAAACGACGUUGGAGGUGGGUUAUGGUAGAGAAAUGAACAUUCAAUUGUCUGACAACAGCUCUGGUGGACAUUCCUGCAGUCAGAAUGCCAAUUGCACGCUCCAUCAAAACUUGAGACAUUUGUGGCAUUUUGUUGUGUGAUCAUGCUGUUUAAUCAACUUCUUGAUAUGCCACACCUGUCAGGUGGAUGGAUUAUCUUGGCGAAGGAGAAAUGCUCACUAACAGGGAUGUAAACACAUUUGUGCACAACGUGAGAGAAAUAAGAUUUUUGUGCAUAUGGAACAUUUCUGGGAUCUUUUAUUUCAGCUCAUGAAACAUGGGACCAACACUUUACAUGUUGGUUUAUGUUUUUGUUCAGUGUAUAAUCAAAAGACCUGAUCUUAUAUCAGCAUUCUCUGAUACUCUUGGUAAAUAUGGUCCAGGGGUAUCAAACUCAAUUUCUGGAAGACCACAUUGUCUGCAUUUCUUUGGUAUUCUUUCCUUUAAAUGAGUGUCUGAUUUAGACCUGGUAAGCCAGGUGUGUUGACUUCCUGUCUGGGAGAAAUGAAAACCUGCAGUCUGCUAGCCUGGGUGCCAGUCCGUUUCUGCUCUCUAGCCAACUCCUUAUGGAAUCGUCAUGACAAUGACAAUGAAGUAGGCAAAAGCACAAACAGAUCUGGGACCAGGCUACUCGUGUGUGUGUUCUGUAGGAGAUGGGUCCGGGCGAGGUGACUCUGGAGGGGCUGUUGGAGAUGAGUGAUGAGGAGGUGUGUGAGGCCAUGGAGAAGUUUGGAGCCAACGACGAGGAGUGUGCCCGGCUCAAUGCCUCUCUGUCCUGCCUAAGGAGGGCCCACAAGUCAGGUAGGAACCCUACACACUCAGAGGGAGGAAAGGUAGACAGUGGGGACAAGUCAGGUAGGGCCCCUAACACAUGCCAUCUCUGAGGAAGGGAGAGAGAGAGGGAGGGAAGAAGGGAGGAGGAGAGAGAGAGGGGGAGGGCACUCUGGGAUGUAACUGACUCCUCUAGGUUGUUAUUGCCUCAGUUCAGGGGAGUUUUCAGUUAGUGCUUUAUACAGUAGCCUUGUACUACUAUCGCGAUCUCGCAAGCUUCCGUAAAUACACUGAGUGUACAAAAUAUUAGGAACACCAUCCUAAUAUUGAGUUGCACCCUCCUUUGCCCUCAGAACAGCCUCAAUUCGUCGGGGCAUUGACUCUACAAGGUGUCGAAAGCGUUCCACAGGGAUACUGGCCCAUGUUGACUCCAAUACUUCCCACAGUUGUGUCAAGUUGGCUGGAUCUCCUUUGGGUGGUGGACCAUUGUUGAUACACACGGGAAACUGUUAAACGUCUAAAACCCAGCAGCGUUGCAGUUCUUGACACACACAAACUGGUUGCGCCUGGCACCUACUACCAUACCCUGUUCAAAGGCACUUACAUACACAAUCCAUGUCUCAAUUGUCUCAAGGCUUAAAAAUCAUUUUUUAACCUGUCUCCUCCCCUUCAUCUACACGGAUUGAAGUGGAUUUAACAGUUUACAUCAAUAAGGGAUCAUAGCUUUCACCUGGAUUCACCUGGUCAGUCUGUCAUGGAAAGAGUAGGUGUUCCUAAUGAUUUGUACACUCAGUGUAUGUUUCGCUACAAGCAAAACAUAUUCAUGUAAGCUCACGAUAUCAGGAUGGUAGUAUUAGGCUAAAUAUACCAGAGCUCUCCAACCCUGUUCCUGGAGAGCUACCGUCCUGUAGGUUUUCGCUCCAACCCUAAUCUUGUGCACUUCAUUAUAAUUAUUAACUGGUUGAUAAGCUGAAUCAGUUUAGUUACAGGAGGGUAGCUCUCCAGGAACAGGGUUGGAGAGCCCUGAUCUAUACAGUUCAUGAGGACUUUUCAUAAACUGGUGCAUGUCGCCAUCUGUUGACCAGAUUUAGCAACACAGCAUGAAGUCAAUAUAGCCUGAAUGCCAGUCUCAGAAAUGUGCCUUGCUUUAUUUAGUCUGGAAACUAAAUUAAAAUGUAUAAGUGGGUUGUUAAUUGAUAUGGGGUAUUAUGCGUUAGUUCACAAUGAGGAAUGAAGGGCUGGAGUUUACAAUGACUGGUGGGAUUUAAUCUGUUGACUCUGCUAGUCUAUUCUGUUGUGUUAGUGCAAAAGCCUGCACACCUUACGAUCACUUUUAUUGGUCAAUUGCACACAAUUUCCAACCGAAAUUUGACUUCCGCUUUUAUCCCAACCCCUCCAAAAGACACAUGCAGGUUUUGGCUGCCAAACUGGGUACCAAUGAAGCUGUUGUGGAGGGUUAAAUGACUUGCUCAAGGGCACAACGUCCGGCAAUGGCAUCUAGAAUUUGAUACCAGCAACCCUUUGUUCUGACCUGGGAUUCGAACUGGAUUCAACCUCCGGUUGCUGGCUUGCCUCUCUAAGCGCUAGGCUACCUGCUAUGCUGUGGGUCUUCAGUACCAGGUUUUAACAGGGAAAUAUCUAAGGGUUAAAUGAUCCAUAUUGAGUUAUUAAAUGCUCUUGCCAUUAUUGGAUUAAUGAAGCUCUCUGCCCUUGCAUACUGUAACAGCCACUUUUAGUACCCCUUACCUGUGACUGUGUGACAUCCUCACAGUAGUCUCCUCGUUCCUCUCCAUGGGUGCAUCUCAAUAGUCAAACGCCGCUCCGUGGGUGCAUCUCAAUAGUCAAACGCCACUCCGUGGGUGCAUCUCAAUAGUCAAACGCCGCUCCGUGGGUGCAUCUCAAUAGUCAAACGCUGCUCCUUGUCUCCUUUCCUUCAUCUCCACUGAUGAAAAGAAUCAGACAACGGAAACCAAAUUAUUGUAAGGCAUUACAAGACAUUACACCAUUUUGCUUUCACCUGCCCAGUGUUUUCAGAUCAGUAUAGAUGAAGGGAGGAUAUGAGGAGAGGAGGCUGCUGUAGACUAUUUAUGUACCCUCCCAGCACAUAGAGCAUGUAGUCCGUUGGCAUCUUGUCCAAUAGUGGGCAGCACAGACCACAUUUUUAUUUUCUGAACUAAACAGUCUAGUGUUGUAGUGUUGCUGGCUGAGCAGAAGGGGACAGUAGACCAUCACACAACUAGGUUUGAAAUCAAGGUUUGAUAACCUGCCAUUUGAUGUGUGUUCCUCCCCCUACACACACACACACACACACACACACAUUCAUUCCCACCAGAUGAGUCACUGGGAAUACUUAAUGUUAUCAAGCCAAGUUGAGAAGAGUUGUAUUGUCACUGCAGUGCUCUCCUCAUCUCAGCCAUAGUACACAGACCCGGAAUAUUUUUAUCCAAAUGAAAAGACAGCAGAUGUUGCUUUAGGAAAGUCUGGUCAUGUACCAAACUGUUGUCAGAAAACUCAACGUCCCGUUGGUCCCAAAGCUCAUCUGAGGGUCACUUCCCUUCCCUGCUUUGAUUCUACACGCAGCUAACUCCAGUAAUAAUAAUAAUGGAUUGGAUUUAUAAAGCGCCUUUCUACCAGCUGAGCUACUCAAAGCGCUUUACAUAGAAAGGGGGGGAACUCACCUCAUCCACCACCAAUGUGUGGCACCCACCUUGGUGAUGCACGGCAACCAUUUGCCAAUUAGGAAUGACGGGAUGAUUGGGUGGCCAUGAUGGAAUGGGGCCAGGUUGGGAAUUUAGCUUGCGAUAAGUGCCAUGGAAUUUGUAAUGACCACAGACUGUCAGGACACCCAUUUAACGUCCCAUCUGAAAGACAGCACCCUACUCAGAGCAGUAGGCAGGUUCAUUGUAGCCUGUGGGUGUUGAAUAGGCUCUAGGCUGGGGUCAGAUAGUGACUGGAUACACAGACACACACUGGUCUGGCCUGGUCUGUGUGUCUGUUCCUAAGGCCUGAUUAGAUUGUAGCCAGUAGCUGAUUGGCUGCUGAGCUCCAACUUCCUCCACAGGAGACAGCCGGGGGAUUGGACGCCCAUACAGAGUCCAGUUGGGUGUGUGUGUGUGCCUAGUUAUAGUUGUUCCAACCAAGCCUAAUAGAUCACACAUACACAUAGGCUAGGCCUGUACGUCAGUGGCGGUCGUGCCGUUUAAGAUGAGGGAGGACGAUUAUUUUUUUUAAUGAGCAUGGCCUUAUUUCUAUUACAGAAUAUUGGAUGACUGUCAUUCAUAUUCCAUUCACCCAGCUCAAUGUAACAUCGAUAGGUUUAGGCUACUACACUCAAAUUCUCCCUGUACCCAUCAUGAGGUUGCUACAACUUAGCCUUAUGAAUGAACGUUUACAACGUAGGUACACAGGUCGAGAGAAAUUUGAGUAAUCAAGGUGACAGACAUUGACACAUUCAAUACCGCCUUGCACACUCUCGCCUGCAUCUAACUGAUCUAGGGUGUAAUCAUUAGUCCAAGAGUUGCAAACAAGUUUCUAUUGGACAAAUUCAGGUAUGUUUAUCCCCGUUUGCUUCCGUUUAAGAAACGUUUUUCAACAGAAUAGGCGGAAUGAAUACACCCCUAAUCAAACACAGUUCACUUUCAUAGCAGCCACAUACAAACAGCAUGAUCCCUUUGAUCGUUGUAUAAUUCCUUCUCGCAUCGACGCGCUCUCCUCCUCUCACCUUUUCCCUUUGCUUGUGGACUUCAGUGCACAACAAAUCAGCUGUCUGUGGCCAGGCGAAAAAAAACGUUCCAAGCCAAACCUUCAUAUCAUAACCGCUAACAGCUACACACAGCCUACAUCGUUGUCACCAUAUUAGCUAACGUCAUAGUCAACAUACAUACUAGAACUAACGCUUUAGUAAAUCCGCUACAAUCAUGCAGUACAGUCAGUAAUACGAAAUUGUAACUAUUUUGCACUAUGGCCUAUUUAUUGCCUUACCUCCAUAACUUACUACAUUCGCACACACUGUAUAUAUAUUUUCUGUUUGUAUUUUUGACUUUGUUUUGUUUUACCCCAUAUGUAACUCUGUGUUGUUUUUAUCACACUGCUUUGCUUUAUCUUGGCCAGGUCGCAGUUGUAAAUGAGAAAUGAGGUACUGUUCUCCUCAGUCAUCCUGCUUCUCUUGGUCAGGAAGGGGGUUGGACACACACACUCCUUUCUAUCUCUCUCUCUCUCUCUCUCUCUCUGUCUCUCUCUCUCUCUGAUUCUCCUCUCUUACUCUUCUCGAGCUCUCUCUCUGCUGCUCUUUUCUGCCUCAUAUCGUCGACAGUUGUCUGUGGCUCUCUAUCUCUCUUAUCUCUGCUCUCUCUGUCUCUCUCUCUCUCUACUGUCUAUCGUCUAUCUUUUUGUCUCUCUGACUUCAAUCUCUCUGUCUCUCUGUCUCUCUCCUCUCUCUUCUAUCUCAUCUCUCUGUCUCUCUCUCUCUCUGUCUCUCUGUCUCUCUGUAUCUCUCUCUCUCUCUCUCUUCUCUCUCUCGUUCUUCCUUCCUGUCUGAUCCAUCUCUCUCUCUUUCUUCUCUCUCUGUCUCUCUUCUCUCUCUCUCUUCUGUCUCUCUCUCUUCUCCUCUCUUUCUCUCUCUGUUUUUGUUCUCUCUCUCUCUCUCUCUCUGUCUCUCUGCUCUCUCUCUCUCUCUCUCUCCUCUCUCCUCUCUCUCUCUCUGUCUCUCUCUCUGUCUCUCUCUCAGGUGUGAAUGUAACAGAAACACUGUGCUUGUUAUUAGGGCCACUCAUACUCAGAGCGAAAGGGAGAGAAAGGCCUAUUUUGUCUCCCAGGCUACAUCUCAAAUGGCACCCUAUUCCCUAUAUAGUGCACUACUUUUGAUCAGGGCCCAUAAGGCUCAGUCUCAUCCCCAGCCUCCAGCCCCCAGCCUCAGACUCAUCCCCAGCCUCCAGCUUCAUCCUCAGCUUCUAGCACCACAGCCAGCCUCUAGCUUCAUCCCCAGCCCCAGCCCCCGGCCUCAUUUCUAGCCUGAGCCUCCAUUCCCAGCCUCCAGACUCAUCACCAGCCUCCAGCCCCAUCCCCAGCCUCCAGCCCCACACUCCAGCCUCAUCUCUAGUCUGAGCCUCCAUUCCCAGCCUCCAGGCUCAUCCCCAGCCUCCAGCCUCUUCCCCAGCCUCCAGACUCAGCCCUUUCUUUAA